AUGGCACGGCCAACAUGGACAGCCUUCCUGGUUCUCCUAGCAUCCGCAACAGCCGCAUCAGCCCAGUCGCAGCCUCAGCCAACCCCGUGCUUCCGCUGGUCAGGCCAGGCGGCCGUCGCCAACUCGCCCUCCGACUCGAACGGGAACGGGACUUCGACGUUGUGGUACUAUGGAGGAGAGGCCAUGACCAGUCAGGGUCAGACGAGCAACUUGUGGACCAACGCGCUCGUGUCGUUGCCGCUCGACCAGGAUUGGGACACGGGGACGCCGCCGCUCAAGCUCGUGCAGAAGGACACGGGCAACUACUCGUACCCUCCCGCCGUCGCUCUCGGCGCGCUCUGGACGUCGUCAGACGGAAACAAGCUCUACCAGUGGGGCGGGCAGUACCAAGACACCCCGACGGUCCCUCCGCCCGACGCGCGCACGUUCGUCUACGACAUCCCCUCCAACGAAUGGAGUGUCGUCCAGACGAAGGGCGAUCAGGUCGGGAACGCAGCGGAAGGUCAGCCCGCGAUCGUGCCCGGCUUGGGAGCGAACGGGGAUAACCUCGCUUUCUACAGCUACGGGCACCAAGACGACCACACGACGCAAGGCUGGUCGAACCAAAUCGACCGGAUCUACCUCUCCUCGAUGGUCCAAUUCGACCUCGGCUCGCAAACCUUCAAGAACAUCACGUCCUUCUCCGGCUCGGGCCACACCUCGAACGCCUCGACGCCCGAGAGUAACCCACUCUCGCGCGCAGACGGGACGCUCUCGUACGUUCCGAAUCUCGGGACGAACAGCAAGGGUAUCCUGGUCUCGAUUGGUGGAGCGACGUCGACGCAGUAUGUCGAAGACGGAGCGGUGUUGGACGUGUAUGACAUCGGAAGCGGAGGGUGGACGAAGCAGUCGACGCUCGGGGCGAGGCCGGGGUCGAGGAUCAAUCAUUGCGCCGUGAGGGCGUCGGCCAAAGUUCACGGCGUCGAGACGCACCACAUCAUCAUCUACGGCGGUCAACAACUGAACCAAACCGCGCGCGACUCGGCAAUCUACACCCUCACGAUCCAGAACUACACCUACACCUGGACCUACGUCGGUGAUAACCUCCCUGGCGCGCCGGCCGGACGGGCGGGUCAUCAGUGCGCGUUGGCGGGCAAUCAGUUGGUCGUUGUCGGCGGGUUGACGAGGUCGGAUGUCCUCAACACCUCGUCAAUGACCUGGCAAAGCAACUUCAAGUCUCACACCGUCUUCUCGACACCCUCGCUCGUCGCCAACAUCACUGGCGGAAUCGGGACGGGCUACUCCUCGUCGGGCGCUGGGUCGGCGACGGGAGGAGACGGGACCAAGGACCCCGACACGUCGGGUAAGACGGGUGGGUCUUCGGGAUCUAGCACGCCGGGCGGCGCGACGGGCGGAAACGGCGGCUCGACCAACGGCGGAAGCACGAGCGGCGGCGGCAGCGGUGGGUCGUCAACGAACGUCGGCGCCAUCGCAGGAGGCGUAGUAGGCGGCGUCGCGGCGCUCGCGCUCCUCGCACUCAUCCUCUUCCUCCUCGCGCGAAAGAAGAAGAGACACGAUGCGGCUGACGAGCACGAGAAGGAACGGUUUGCGAUGGGCGCGAGUCCGGGAAGGUCCGACUCGGGCAGCUCGAGCGGACGUUUUGGAUUCCCUUACGAGAAACACCGCGACUCGGUUGGUUCAGGAGCACCAUUCCCGCCGUACGGAUGGGACAGGCGCGGCAGCGGAUCGGGUCAAGGCCAUCUCGGUCCCGCAGACGACGACGUCGAGGAGCAGACCCGCGGCCUCGACACCUUCAUCUCAACCGGCCUCGCUCCGAAGCGCGAGCUGCGCGUCGUCAACGCCGACGACGGCUAA